AUGAUGAUUGCACUUUCCAUGCAUGUUACUAUUAAAUUAUGUCAAUUUUUACAAGUUGGCAUUGGAAUCUUAGCCAACACCUUCCUCCUCUUCCACAUCUUCACAUUCCUUCUGGAUCACAGACCUAAGCCCACUGACCUGAUCAUCUGUCACUUGGCCUUUGUCCACAUAAUGAAACUCUUCACUAUACUGUUUUUGUGUCUAGAGCUGUUUGAAUUACCAAACUUUAUAAAUGAUUUCAAAUGUAAGGCUUUAUUCUACAUGAGCAGAUUGAUGAGAGGUCUCUCCAUCUGCAUCACCUACUUCCUGAGCAUAAUCCAGGCCAUUACAAUCAGCCCUAUCACCUCCUGGUUGGGUAGAUUUAAACAUAAAUGCACAAAUAACAUCUCCCAUUCCUUCAUCAUCUUGUGGUUUCUCGGUUCGUCUCUCAGUGCCCCUACUGUUGCAUCUUCUAAUGUGACCCUGACCAGUCUACUGAAAGUCAGUAAAUACUGUUCACUUUUCCCUAUAACCUCCAGCAUCAAGGCACUGUUUUUCACUUUGACAUUAUACAGGGAUGUCUACUUCAUAGGAGUCAUGCUUCUCUCAAGUACAUACAUGGUGACUCACUUGUUCAGGCAUCAGAAGUGGUGCCAGGACCUUCACAGCACCAGCCUCUCCUCAAGAGUCUCCCCAAAGGAAAGAGCCAACCAGACCAUCCUGUUGUUUGUGAGUUUCUUUGUGAUUGUGUAUUGGGUGGAUUCAUCAUCUGUAAUCCUGUUAUGGGUGUGUGUCACCAUCAUCCUAGAUUGCCAGAAGAUUUGGGGCAAUGUCUAUGCCACUGUCAGUCCUUUGGUACUAAUUAGUUCUCACAAAAAUAAAAAUAUGUUGCAAAAAUGUGGCAAAAUUACAAUCAAUUUAUUACAGCCGCCCUACGUUUUAGGUUUAACUCUGAGACAUCCUAAACUAAGAGCUCCAACCAAGAACCUAAUUUCUCUGUCAAAGGGCAGCAGGGCCGCCAGAACCAGUGAGAUGCGGUCCGCCCGGCCUCCUAGAGCGGAAUCGGAACUGCGCUGGAGGGCCUUGCGAGCGCUGCUCCUUAGCAUCCCCUCUGCCUUGGUUCCGGGGGCGCAAAGCCAGACCGAGGGACCACGGGUCGUCCGAGGCGCAGGCAAGGGCUACGUGGCUGCGGGGGGGAAAAGGACGGGCACAUGCCUGCCCGGGCGCCUACAAGUUCUGCAGGUUGCGGACCCACGCGCAGAACGCGAGGUGGCUGGCCCGCCUAACCCUAAGGUGGAGUAG